UCGUCCUCGCUGCUACGGCCGCCUCUUCUCCUCCUUCUCCUCGGCCAUGCGAGCCCGGCUGUCCCGUCGGGGCUGCGCUAUUUUGGGUUUGCUGAGCGCGGUGGCUUUGCUAGCUCUCCAGCUGCCUAUGCCUCCUUUCGGGUCGCCCACGGGCGCCCGAGCUAGAAGAGGGACGACCGGGGUGCUUUCCUCCCUACUGCCUGAGCAACUUUCCCAACCCGUCCAGGCCAAACCCCCUCCGGAUCCCUCCGCGCCUGGAGAGUGGGGAAAAGCAUCCCACUUGACCUUGGAUGCUGAGCAGAAGAGCCAGGAGGAACGCUUGGUGGAGCGCUAUGCCAUCAACGUCUACCUUAGCGACCGCAUCUCGCUGCACCGUCACAUCCAGGACGGUCGGAUGUCCGAGUGCAAAGCCAAGGCGUACAACUACCGCCAGCUGCCCACCACCUCGGUGGUCAUCGCCUUCUACAACGAGGCCUGGUCCACCCUCCUGAGGACAGUGCACAGCGUCUUGGAAACCAGCCCGGCCGUUGUGCUGAAGGAGAUCAUUCUGGUGGACGAUCUCAGCGACCGGGCGUACCUGAAGAGUGAGCUGGAGGCCUACCUCAGCCGCCUGCCCCGGGUGCGCCUGAUCCGCACCCAGAAGCGGGAAGGGUUGGUGCGCGCCCGGCUGAUCGGAGCCACCUUCGCCACCGGCGAAGUCCUCACCUUCCUGGAUUGCCACUGCGAGUGCGUCCCUGGAUGGCUGGAGCCCUUGCUAGAACGCAUCGCCCAGAACGAUUCCGUCGUCGUCUGUCCGGUGAUCGACACCAUCGACUGGAAUACGUUCGAGUUUUACAUGCAAUCCGGCGAGCCCAUGAUUGGUGGCUUCGACUGGCGGCUCACCUUUCAGUGGCAGGUGGUUCCUCCCUACGAGAGGCGGCGCCGGAAGUCCAAAGUAGAUCCCAUCCGAUCCCCCACCAUGGCCGGCGGCCUCUUUGCCGUCAGCAGGAAAUACUUUGAGUACCUUGGCACAUACGACACUGGUAUGGACGUCUGGGGCGGUGAGAACUUGGAACUCUCUUUCCGUGUCUGGCAGUGCGGCGGUGUCUUGGAAAUCCACCCGUGUUCCCACGUUGGACACGUCUUUCCGAAACGGGCCCCGUACGCCAGGCCUAACUUUCUACAGAACACCGCCCGGGCUGCCGAAGUCUGGAUGGACCACUACAAAGAACAUUUCUACAACCGGAAUCCUCCGGCGCGUAAGGAGAACUUUGGCGACCUCACCGAACGGAAACUAUUACGGCAGCGUCUGGAGUGUCAGAAUUUCGACUGGUAUUUAAAAACCGUCUUCCCCAAUUUACACGUCCCGGAGGAUCGGCCAGGCUGGCAUGGCGCCAUCCACAACCUGGGCAUCUCUUCCGAAUGUUUGGAUUACAACUCGCCAGAACACAAUCCCACGGGGGCUCACCUGAGCCUUUUCGGAUGCCAUGGCCAAGGCGGCAACCAAUUCUUCGAAUACACGUCCAACCUGGAAAUCCGUUUCAACUCGGUGACCGAACUCUGCGCCGAAGUGCCAGAGCAGAAGGAUUUCGUCGGCAUGAGAAAUUGUCCGAAGGAUAAGUCCCCCGUGCCGGAAGUCAUAAUAUGGCAUUUUAAAGAAGAUGGCACAAUCUUCCACCCACACUCCGCCAAAUGUCUGAGCGCUUACCGUACACCAGAGGGUCGCGCGGACGUAAUCAUGAGGACGUGUAAUCCGUCAGAUAAAAACCAGCUCUGGAGGUUCGAAAAAUAGACCCGGAUCGUGGCCUAAAAACAUAAUUCCUGGCAAAUCUAAAGUUUGGGCCUCUUGAAAUUGUCAAGAUUUCCAGAUGAAAUCUUGAUUGGUUGGUUAAAAAGUGCCUUUUUUUCCUAAACUGAGAGAUUGGCAGAACGCAACGACACUUCGAACACAAGUUGAAGUGUGUUCAUUCUGCACGGACUAUGAUCCUCGGGACCGUCCCGGGAAUGGGCUAAAUUCGAGGGAACUAAGGACAGCACAAUAAUUGUUCCGUUUUUAAGAUUUGCUAAAGGAUGAGCAAAGUUACAAAGUUGAGGUUUUUCUGAAGCUGGAUCACAAGCAUUGCUUUCAAGUGAUGUUUUCCAACCUUGGCAACUUUAAAAUGUGUGGACUUCAACUCCCAGAAAUCCAUUUCAACAACUUCCCAUGAUUCCACUUCAAUGUGUCUGGCUGGGGAAUUCUGGGGAGUUGAACUCCACGCAUCUCAAAAGUUUGGGAAAAACUAUAAAGAAUUAUGCUUUAACAAAUGUGCCGAAAUGAAACUUACGGAAUUAGGGAAUUCCUUAUUUUAGGACGGAGUUUUAAUUCCUCUCUUUCGCUCAACACACCUCUCUCCUCGUUAGAUUUAAUGUUUAACAAAUAUUUAACUAGUGUUUAGUUAAAUGGGUUAAACAAGAAUUUCACUAGUGUUUGGUUAAACUGGGUAGAUUGUUUAAAUUGGGUAACCAAUUGUUGGGCUAGCAUUUGUGUCGUGAUUAAAUUGGUUAAAGGAGAGUUUAGUGUUUGUGUAAAUUGGUUACACAAAUGUUUGGUGGAAGACUGAAAUAUUCUAAACACUCAUUUUUAAUAAGAGCGCAACUAGGGCCUUCUGUGGGGGAAGGGGAAAUUAAAAAGCAAUAAAAGAUUGGUUAAUAUUUCUAAUCAAUCCCAAUGUGAAAUUGAUUUGGGAAAGCAGGCAGAAAUAAAGCCAGUUUUAAAUGAGAUAAAAGCCAGAAAACAUUAAUGCUAAAUUUCAAAAGCUCCAGUUUGCAAGUUAUUAUUAUUAUUAUUGUAUGUGGAAAAAACCUGGGAUUAACCAACUCUGCCUGUUUAGACAAUCAAUCCCUUUUUAAGGCAGAGGGAGGGGGAAAUUGUGGCCAGGUUCUUCAUGCAUCACACCUUAUGAUAAACAUUUUGCUUUCCUUGAGGCCUAGAAACUUUCCUUUGAAAAGGUUACUUAUCUUGAGCUGGGGUUUUAAGGCGGCGUUCUACGUCCUCCUUAGCUACGUGGCAGAUCCGUGAGUAAGGAGUGGUAGUAACCCGUGAGGACUUGUUUGUUCCCAAGGUUGAAAUCUCGUAACUUGUACCAAUGCUCUAAAAAAAAAGGACAUUGGAUGGUUAAUUCCAUUUGCCAAAUAUCCAAAUGCCCUCGCCAACCAAAUCCGGGUGGUGGCCAAAUUUUUAAAUUUUUUAUAUUAAACUAAAGGGAAUUUCACAGCUCGAUCUUGGCGGGGCUAAAAGAGAAACAGGAAAAUUUCAAAACAUCACCAUAAAAGCAUAGAUGAGUCAUCAUCAGCCUUCAAUGUCAGAGGUUCAGGAAAUUUUUUAUGAACUGUCAAUAGAGCAGAAGAAAGAACAAUCCCAGAGUUGUAAGGGACCUUGGAGGUCUUCUAGUCUAAUAAUCUAGUAAAUAGAUUUUUAAAUAUUAUUUUUCAGUACAUAGGUGACAGAGAUGGAAGGAAGCUUUCAAAUCAAGUGCUGAUUAAAAAUAUAUAUAUUUUUAAGAUUAUUUGUUAAUGUGAAGGUGAUGGAGAGGAAAGAAUAUUUUCGAUCCGUUUUCACUCGCAGGGUUGGGAGUACAGUAAAGAAUUUUUGCAAUUAUUCACCAGAAAUAAGACAUAACUCUAGAAUUAAGUCGCUUGAAUUUCUCCUAAGGGGGUGAAAUUUUAGGAACUUCGUUCAGGAGGACUUUUGGUGAUAGGGCAAAACGGUCCUCCUUUCCUUCUCUUAAUCUUUUUUUUACAAAAGCUUCUGGGUUUUUUCUUUUGGGAUUUGAUAGCCUGAGACAAACGCAAUCAAAUUGUCUGAUUUAUUAGGGAAGAAAAUACCUUGGUUUACCUAGGUUGUCCUAUGCACUUCUGUCUAUGGCUAUGCCAAUAAAAUUAUUUGAUGCUUUAGCACUGAGUUGGUGGGGAUUAAAACUUGCAAAAUUUGUGUCUUGAAAACUCACAAGUGGCCUUGGCUACUGGCAGAAGGUGUCACGUGAAUUACGGCCGUGUUAGCUAUGCAAUUAUUCCUUUCGCCUGUUUGCCUUAUCGCACGUUUUUUUUUUAAAAAAUCCAUAUUUUUAAAAUGCAAAACUUGUAUAUGUGCCUAGUUUAAAAUAGAUUUUGGGAGAAAUUCUGCCUGCUGAGCAGAAAACCCAGAGGGGCCAAUAUAUAUAUAUAUAUCUAUAUAGAAUAUUUUAACUAUGCAUAGUUCUAAAUCCAUUUAGUAUAUAGAAGAUGUCCCAGCUUUAUAAAGUUGAUUGCAAGGAAAAUAUGCAAUAAAAAGGUGUUGUUUUGCUGUGCUCAAAAGCACAGACCCCCCAGCAGCAAAUUUGCAAUAAUUGUUCGGAAUAGCAGGCACGCGUGUCUGUUAAAAUUUUGUAAAUAUUUUUUUUUGUGCGGAGAAUUUGCACUGGCAAUCUUUUUAAUUUUAGCUACGGCAUUGUUUGUAAGUAAAAGUUCAGAAAGCAAUAAUGGUUGGUGAGUUUUUAAAUUGUUUUAUAGCUCGCAAAAAAGCAAGGUACUUGUGUUCUUUUAACAUUGAUAAAAUUAGAUUUGACUGAGAUAAAAUUUUGAUUUUACUGUAAGGCCUUGAUACUACUGAUUUUUUCCCCAGAUCUGUCUUUAGGGACUUGAAUGAUUUGAUAAGUACAUUUUUUGCGAUAAGUGGUUUGAAAUGAGAAAAAUAAAAAUUCCAAUUAAACCUGUGGUUGUAAGCUGA